ACUCAUUUAAGUAAGAAGUAAUUGAUUAUGGGCCAUUGAAUUAUUAGAAGAUAAUGCCGAGGUGGUAAUGUGGCUUUAACGCAGAGCGGAAUGACCGUUAUACACCUCCGGUAUAAUUAUUCAAUAGAACUAGCUAGAGUUAAUUAUUCCAUUUAUGCUAAAGUUACCGCACCUCAACACAUUGUUCAGAAGUUGUAUUUCAAGGUAUUUGUCAUUAAAAUGUUCAAGUAAAUGAUAACCAGUUGUACAGAAUUAUUAGAAAAUAGUGCACACUUGAGGCUUAACUGCUUCAUAAAUAGAUCUAUCUAGCUACACUCUUAAAUAAAGGUCCUUCACAGUGCCAUAGAAGAACGCUUUUGUCUAAAUGGUUCGCAUAUGAAACGCCUUUCUGUUUCAAAAAAGGUUCUUUGUGGUCAAAUAAGGUCCUUCAAAUUAUGAAAAGGUACAAAGGUGGUUUACUUGGUGCUUGUUUGUGAAACAAAAACGUGCGAUAGUGUCCAAAUAGAUGACCCUGACACGCAUAAGACGAUCUAAAACAACUGGUAUAGUUGAUGAAAGUUACGUAUGACAUUUUAGCUAUUUUAAAUACUUAGUUUUUUGCCAGACAUUGAUUGCGUGCCUUAUGCGCAAAAAAAAAAAAGUUAUUAAAAAGUAAAAAAAAUAAUAAUUUCCGGAUUUUUUCCUCAUUUUAAUGUCUCCUUGAAUGCAAUAAGGAGCAUCCGUGAAACAUCAUAUAUCAGCGCAGUGAUUCACGGAUGCACUUAUUCAUACAUUUCAAAGCUGCACGUCACUUGGCAAAAGAAGGCUGUAAGUGAAAUUCAGGGUGUGAAGGGUGUGAGCUGUGGAAGCUUCAGCGCCUCUCCAUCCACGAGUAUUAAACUUGUGAUAUCUGCCUCGUUUUCUAGCGGAUGUAAUCUCAGCGACGGUGAGCCGGCGCUAUUGACGAGAAGGUUUCGAUAAAUAAUAUCCGUUAGAAGCGCAUUGGUGGCCACGGAGGAGAAAAGGCGGCAGAUUGGAAAAGGUAGAUGCUCCAGAGAUGGGGAGGAGAGAGAGAGUGGGUGUGAGGAGGCGUGAGGACGCUUUAAGAAAACUUGUGGCACGUGUUUGGGUUUAUUUUUCGUCAUUCGCUCUGAUGGAUUUAUCCUAGUUUUGGCAUCUCUGCUCCUUUGUGGGCCUGUUUGGCGUUUGACAGCACGCGAGAUGGGCUUAAAAGAACUUAAACAGAAAUAAUAUGAGCUCAGAGAAUACGGAUCGGGUUUGAUCAUAAUGAAUCACGAUGAAGGAAGAGAAUCGUAUUAUCGUGUGCAUGAUUCCCAGAUGUCUGCGGCAUGGAUGGACCCGGAGAACUCAACGGCUCUUCGCGUGCUUCCGAAUAUUACAGAGGGCACUACAUCCAGCCCAAAUCUUGAUGUGAUUGCAUCUAGUCCAGAUCUUCAAUGGCUUCUGCAGUCCUCUCUACUUUGCCAAUCAGAAACCGGCUUGGGAACGUUCUGCUCUUUUCCCAGCACCAUGCCCAACUGCCCCUGUUUGUCCCAGAGCUCCAGUCCUGACCUGUCCUGUAACGGAGCAGUUGGGGACAGUUCAGCUACACACGCUAACAAACAUAUGUCCUCUGAGGAACUUGACAGGAUAAGGAUCCGCAGGGAAAGGAACAGAGUAGCAGCCGCCAGGUGUCGGGACCGUCGUCGGAUGCUAAUAGACACGUUACAGAAUGAGACAGAUCAUUUGGAACACGUGAAGACUCAGCUGGAGGAAGAGAUCGCUGCUCUUGAAAGGGAGAGAGAGAGGCUGGAGUUGGUGUUCGAGGCGCAUAUGCCCAUCUGCAAGUUAAACCCAGAAUAAAUACUGAUGCUGGUCGUGUUUAGUGCUGAGUCUGCUGGUUCAGAUCGGCUGUGGAUUAUAUAACGUAAUAGGCGUAUAUUUGUUAAAGAAAGCGCAAUGUUAAAAUCUAUUUCAGUGAUACCUUGAGAAUUAUUAUCUUGCAUGCACUAUUUGGGUUAAUUCUUUUCAUAAUAAACCAUUGUUUCAAAUGUUGUCGUUUCUCUAGCAAAUGUUUUUGUGCCAUGAGUGUAGCAACAGGUGUGGACUUUGAUUGGG